CUUUAAACAAUGUAACGGCUGCGCUGGGCGGAGUCGGUUGUUUUAUUUUAUUAAAGUAAUAAGUAAUUUAGUGAUUAUAAUGGCAUUUAACAAAGAAAAUAAUAAAAGCUUCAUUCUUAAAUCGAAAAUCCCAUUACCUAUUCAUCCAUUGCCGGGAAAUUCUAAGAAGAUACUAAAAAAACAAAAUUCGGAAAAUGAAAGGCGUCCAUUAAAAACUCUGCAAGCCCAGGCAUCAAAUGUACCAAACCAAGAUAUCAAGAGAGAUGUUAAGAAACCAGUGCAAAAGAAAUAUAAAUUGAGAAAAUCAAGAAGUUUAACACCCAUUCCAAGACACGUCACAGUUCGCACUAAGAGAGAAAAUUUAGAUUGGGGUUAUAAAGUUUUUAAAGAUGACGGAAACAAUAGUGUUAUUUAUAUAAGCGAUGAUGAUGAUGUCGAGGAGAUAGCAAGUAGCAGCGAAAACAUUAAUUAUUUUAGUAAAAACGACUUCAGAAAUUGUUUAGGUAUAAAAAAUUUAAAAAAGACAGGUACGCCUACAUCCGGCCUUUUUGGAUCUAGUCAGACAAAAAACAUUAAGAAAAGUCUAAAACGACCCCACAGCAGAGAAUUACUAGGUCAACAGAGUUCCGCAAAGAAAUCUAGAGGAGAGGAUGAUGAAAAAUAUAAAAGACAAUUAAAGUUCAAUGAGUGUUCAUCCGAGUUUUUGAAAUCUUCUGAUAUUUCAGCAGGCACAUACAGAGAUUCUUUACAACGAGAAGAUGAGAGUGAGAUAUUUACUUAUCUGAUUACUAAAGAAAAGAAGUGGCCUAAUCACUUAACGACACCAAAUGCUACUAGAGCGUGUGUAUUGAAUUGGUUGUUAAAAGUCAAUGGUGCUGGUGGUAAUCCGGCAACAAUUCAAACAGCUACUUGGUAUUUGGAUUCGGUAUUAGCAGUUGGCCCAGUACCUAUUGAAAACUUACAGCUAUUUGCAACUGCCUGUUUUUGGAUAGCUCAAAAAAUACAUGGUCCAGUAACAACUGCUCAUAAGUUGGUGAAAUGUUCAAAUCAUGCAUUUACCACCAAAUAUCUUCUUAGAGCUGAAGCAUUGAUUCUAAUAAACUUGAAAAUGCCUCCUCAACCGGUGUUACCUCAAGAAUUUGUAACCUAUCUUUCAUUGUGGUGCAGUGGUAAUGAUCCUGACAUUGAAUUGGCGGCGACAUUCAUCUGUAUGUGUGGGAUGAUACUAGAUAUGGGGUUGUUAGAUGAAUACCCCUCUGUUAUAGGCGCUGCUGCCGUACGAAAUGCCGUCAUUUUGCUGAGGAAACAAGAUCUCUUGGAUAAACUGGAAACAUGUCCAGUGUUUGAGGAAAUAGAGAAGAAGUCAAAUUUGUACAACGUCUGCGCUAUUCAGAGGAAAGCUGUCCUUUUGCUGGCAUCACCUUUGUUUGAAUACAAGGCACCAUUGGAACUGUAUAACACCAGUUCACAAAACAUACCAUUAAAAAUACUAUCAGAAGCGAAAUACUUAUCCAUGGUUGAUAGAAGAACCAAAAUAGACUUUAUCCCAAAAAGUAAAAAUAUGUUUGAAUUGUGAUAUGAAAUUUGUUGUGUAAUGUGUUUAUUUUUUUUAAUAAAGUUCAAACUUUUAAGUGUGUUAAGUUAAUUAUUUAAUGAACUUGUAUACUGUGCUUUUAAAAUGUCUCAGACGGUUAAAAAUCAAUGUUGUGUUAAUUUGUGAUAGUUUUGUAAUAUAUUAUUUAAUAAAUAAAUGAAUUAUAAUUA